AUGAUUUUCUUUUUCUUUGCCGGGUUUUCCAGCAGAGUCGUUGAUUGCCGAAGGAAAACCGUCAAGGACAAUCUUUUACCGGAAAAGCAGGCCACCCACCGCUCACCUGACCAAAAAAGGGUUUAUUCUUGCAUUUCUCUUUUUCUUACUUUCUUUCUUUCUCGCAUUUCUUUCUUUCUUUUUUAUUUCUUUUCUUUAUUUCUCGCAUUUCUUUCUUUCAUUCUUUUUUUUCUUUUCUUUAUUUCUCGUAUUUCUUUCUUUCUUUCUUUUCUUUAUUUCUCGCAUUUCUUUCUUUCAUUGUUUCUUUCCUUUAUUUCUCGCAUUUCUUUCUUUAUUUCUUUUCUUUCUUUCUCGAAUUUCUUUCUUUCAUUCUUUCUUUCUUUCUUUUCUUUAUUUCUCACAUUUCUUUCUUUUUUCUUUCUUUCAUUCUUUCUUUCUAUCUUUUCUUUAUUUCUCGCAUUUCUUUACUUCUUUCUUUCUUUCUUUCUUUCUUUCAUUCUUUCUUUCUUUAUUUCUCGCAUUUCUUUCUUUCUUUUCUUUAUUUCUCGCAUUUCUUUCUUUCUUUUCUUUAUUUCUCGCAUUUCUUUCUUUCUUUUCUUUAUUUCUCGCAUUUCUUUUUUUCUUUCUCACAUUUCUUUCUUUCAUUUUUUCUUUCUUUCUUUUCUUUAUUUCUCGCAUUUCUUUCUUUCAUUCUUUCUUUCUCGAAUUUCUUUCUUUCUUUCAUUCUUUCUCUCUUUCUUUUCUUUAUUUCUCGCAUUUCUUUCUUUCUUUCUUUCUUUCUUUCUUUCAUUCUUUCUUUCUUUCCUUCUCGCAUUUCUUUCUUUCAUUCUUUCUUUCUUUCUCUCUUUUCUUUAUUUCUCUCAUUUCUUUCAUUCUUUCUUUCUUUUCUUUUUUUCUCGCAUUUCUUUCAUUCAUUUUUUCUUACUUUAUUUCUUUCUUUUCUUUAUUUCUCGCAUUUCUUUCUUUCUUUAUUUAUUUAUUUAUUUCAUUCUUUCUUUCUUUAUUUAUUUAUUUAUUUCUUUCUUUCAUUCUUUCUUUCUUUUCUUUAUUUUUCGCAUUUCUUUCUUUCAUUCUUUUCUUUAUUUGUCGCAUUUCUUUCUUUCUUUUCUUUAUUUCUCACAUUUCUUUCUUUCAUUUUUUCUUUCUUUCUUUUCUUUAUUUCUCGCAUUUCUUUCUUUCUUUCAUUCUUUCUUUCUCGAAUUUCUUUCUUUCUUUCUUUCAUUCUUUCUUUCUUUCUUUUCUUUCUUUCUCGCAUUUCUUUCUUUCUUUCAUUCUUUCUUUCUUUAUUUCUCGCAUUUUUUUCUUUUCUUUCUUUCUCGCAUUUCUUUCUUUCUUUCUUUCUUUCAUUCUUUCUUUCUUGCAUUUCUUUCUUUCAUUCUUUCUUUCUUUCUCUCUUUUCUUUAUUUCUCUCAUUUCUUUCAUUCUUUCUUUUCUUUUUUUCUCGCAUUUCUUUCUUUCAUUUUUUCUUACUUUAUUUCUUUCUUUUCUUUAUUUCUCGCAUUUCUUUCUUUAUUUAUUUAUUUAUUUAUUUCUUUCUUUCAUUCUUUCUUUCUUUUCUUUAUUUCUCGCAUUUCUUUCUUUCUUUCUUUCGUUCUUUCAUUCUUUCUUUCUUUUUUUAUUUCUCGCAUUUCUUUCUUUCCUUCUUUCUUUCUUUUCUUUCUUUCUCGGAUUUCUUUCUUUCUUGUAUUUCUUACUUUUACGUCCCACUUUCUUUUACCUCAUUUUCUCUCUCAUUUCUUCCCCGUUGUUUUUUUUUCUCAGUUGUAUUCCUUCUUUGAACAGAGUUUCUGUCUUUUUAUGUCUGCUCUCUUUCCUUUUACUUCUUUAUAUUCAAUUAUAUUUUAUCUAAUUGAUGUUUUUCCCUCAUUCUUUUUUUGUCUCCUACUAUUGACUUCUUUUUUUUUCUUUUUCACUUUCAAGGUCAGAUUUCAUAUCUCUGUCUCAUCAGGUUCCUUUGAUUUUUCUUAUUCUUUCUCUCCUUUUCUUUCUAAUAUAUACUUUCUUCACUCUUCCUUCUACAGUAUUUAA